CCAUUUCUCGCAGACGUGUCGAAGCUCAGAGUUCGAUAGAAAGCCGAGAGCACACCGGUCAGCGACCCCCACCGCCGCCGACCCGUCCUUAGGGCACCACCGCGGCACCUACCGCCUUACCUGCUGUGCAACCUUGCCACGGCUUGACUUCUACCCACCAUGCCUGUCCGCGGCGAAAAUGGCGUUCACAGCAAUGGCGAGUUGAACGGACACGCACCCCCGAUCCGCUACAUCCCGCUCUCCUACAACAGCGCCAAGUCGGAAGAAUCCGCGCUCCGGCUCGUCCUGUCCGUCCGCCCCGAGUGGGAGGCACCGGGUUCCAACGUCGAGUUCGUGCGCUUUACUGACGGCAUCACAAACACCUUGCUGAAGGCGGUCAACAAGCGCCCUGGCCUUACAAAGGAAGAAGUCGACAGGGAGGCCGUCCUGCUGCGAGCGUACGGUCACGGCACCGAUGUGAUCAUCGACCGGCACCGCGAGGCGCAGAACCACGAGCUGCUCAUGAGACACGGGCUGGCCCCGGAGCUGUUCGCCCGCUUCGAAAAUGGCAUGAUGUACGGCUUCGUCCAGGGCACCGUCACCCACCCGGACGACUUGCGCAAGCCUGACGUCUACAGAGCUGUGGCGCGCCGUCUGGCCGAGUGGCACGCUAUUGUGCCUUGCAUCGCAGGUCGCACGGGGCACAGCCGCAAGAGCUCCAAGCUGGACGGGCUUGCACUUCCGGCUCUGGACAGCAACCUUGGCGAUGCCGAGUUUCAGCGGGCCCUUGACGAAGUUGCCCCUGGGAAGCCGCCGCCGAACAUCUGGACGGUCAUGCAAAAGUGGAUUUUUGCCUUGCCAACCGAAACAGAAGCGCAGAGGGCCCGGCAGGCUGCGUUGCAACAAGAGUUAAAGACGCUUGUCUCCGAGCUGAGCCAGCGGCCGGGCCUGGGUGUGAAUGGGCUCGUCUUUGCUCACUGCGACCUCCUGAGCGGGAAUAUAAUUGUGUUGCCCAAGUCUCGCGCCGCAAAUGGCGAAAAGUCCGCCGAAACGAGAGUGGCCUUCAUCGACUACGAGUACGCAACGCCGUCGCCGGCCGCCUUCGACAUCGCCAACCACUUCGCCGAGUGGGGUGGUUUUGACUGUGAUUUCAGCGUGCUGCCGACGCGCGCACAGCGGCGCGACUUCAUUGCCGAGUAUAUCGAUUCAUAUUUCACCCUUCUAGAAAAGAAGACGCCUGGUGCGGCCGCCGGUGUCGACAAGGCAGUCGAAAUCGAAAAGCUGCUCACGGAGGUGGACUAUUUCAGGGGGGUGCCCGGCUUCUACUGGGGUAUCUGGGCGCUGAUCCAAGCGACCAUCUCCGAGAUCGACUUCGACUACGCGUCUUAUGCUGAGACCAGGUUAGGGGAGUACUACGCUUGGCGGGCCGAGGUGACCGGCGAGCGGCAAAGAUCCGGAAAGGAGAUGCCUCUGCGGGAGCGCAGAUGGGCUCAGGAAGAAUAGAGCGGCGACAGCCGUCGCCGGUGAAACAGCAUCCUUCUUCGUCGAAAGUAUGUCUGGCA